AUGACUGAAACGAAAGGUUCUCAAUCGAGGUGUUCAGGCUAUUUAGCCUCAACAGGCUUUGGUGUUGGUAUUUUCCGAGCCUAUAUCAGUCCGGUACUUGCUUUAAUUGGUGUACUCGGAAAUCUGCUGGCCUUUCGUUUGUUCUUGAAGCAUCGUCCAUGGAACAGAUUUUCAGUUUACGCUAUGUCUUUAGCACUAUCUGACAGUCUUGUUUUAUUAUCUAACACACUCCUUGAUGAUUUUCUUGGCCGUGGUCUUUUCUACGCUACAAAUCAGAGAUUCGGUAUAAAACUUGAUGUUUUGUCAUUAGCAUCUUGCCGCAUGAUGGAAGUUAUGGGAACCUGGUUCGUGUUUACUUCUGGAUACAUCCUUGUUGCGUUCGCUCUCGAUCGGAUAGCCUGCAUGUUUUGGCCAAUUCGAUGUCGGUCGGAUCGUGGAGUAGGAGUUGCGGCGAUCAGUUGUACAAUGAUUACAUGCUUCGGUCUUGUAAUCAGUUUGCCUGCAGCUUUGGUGCACAACUUAAUAGAAGUUUUACCAACAAGACUAGAACAUUAUUCAAAGAUCUCAUUUGGAAACUCCUACAAUAGAAUGGCAGUGGAAGCUAACAGUAUUAUUAGUGAAACCUCCUUAGAGCCAUACUCAAUAAAUGCUGGACUAGAUAACUCCAAGGAAAUGGUAAUGCGCACUCCUUUGGCUGCAAAAGUUCAUAAUAUGCAAAGGGAUUUGAAUCCAACUCUUCAGGACAGAACAUUCGCAGAAAAAAACAAUAGUGCUUUUACAUUAAAUGAUUCGGAUGAAAGUGGUGUAAGCACUAACCCAGGGACAUCUACCAAUCUAAGCUUAGAAACAGUUAUGUACUGGAUUGUGAAUACAUCGCAACCACUUAGCGCUGCAUCCCAGACUUCAUCUAUGAGAAAUCACAGAAGAAAUCAAACGGGUAUGUUAAAAUUUAAUGAAAAGUAA